AUGCUCUCUCAAUUUGAUGACAACCCGCUAGUGGAGGAGCGUGAGGGCGAGUUGCAAGGCCUCAGUAGCGAAGUGACAAAUGCUCAGAAAAAGCGCCCGCGGGAAGACAACUUACAGGAACCAGACUCUAAGCAUGAAGUAGCAACUCAUGAACCACCAGAAAAGCAACCGCGCCUCGAGGAAGAUGCGGAGGGAUGCACAGAAGGGGAACCGUUCAUCGGCUACUCCGUGGAAGCGGUCGAUGAUGUGGAUGAAGCGGAUGAAACAUAUGGAGAACUUCUCAACCGUGUGGCGGCACUGGAGUCCGGGCGAAGGAAUUCCGCUUGUGCACAACGGUUCCAAAUGACUCUGAAGACUGCAGAACGGGAGGCCCUCCGUGGUUGCAUGAGUCACCUCCGUGCACUUCUGGCGGGACUUCAGGGGAAACGAACAAAACCAACAACAGCUGCAGCUGCAGCUGCGCCAUCCUCAUCACCAACAACAACAGCAACAAAUCCUCCAUACUGCCCUCUGCAGCCAAGUCAGUGUGCCCAAAUGAUGGAGCUGUACGGCAACGCGGAACGUCUUGCACGCCUCGGAACCCGGUCUCAUUGGCUGAAGUGUGCAGGAGCGAGGACAAGGGCGAUGAAUCCGGAAGGAUGUAGCUGGACCCCACCACUGGCAACCGAGACCUCAGGCGGCACAGUACCCACCAAACAAUUUGUAGAUAAAGGGAGGCGCCGAUUCGAAGAGAUGGAGAAGGCACUGCAAAAGGUCCCCCCAGAGCUGAUCGGCCCAGCGGCACCGGCUCUGUCAGCGCUGAGUAACAAGUUGCAGCAAGUGUGUGAAACAAGUGAUGCAUUGUGCAGUAGACAACACGAAAUCGAAAGGUGUGUGCCGGAGCUCAUGGCGAGAUGGAACCAAUAUUCCCUCUGGGGGGCGGAGCGUUCUCUUCUCAUCGCAGAGGAGCAGAUGAUUGACCACUUAGCCGCGCAAAACCCUACAGCAGCAGAGGAACAACUCCUUUCCCAACAGCAACGCCAGCAAAAACGUUUGCAUCAAGCGGAGAUCGCUGUCGCAACUUUACUUGCGUCCGCUUCGGAUGUUAAGGUGCCGAAGGUGUCGCAAGGCUUCCUGCGGAGUGCCAUGCAACGCUAUGAGGACUUGCAGAAACUGAGAAGUGCUUUGUACCGGGAGUUGGUCUCGUUGCGAAAACUACUGAAGGAGAAGUUGCUCCUCUCAACGCACUCUGUGGUGGGGGGCGAAUGCUUCUUUCUUGGCGCGCGAGCCGCGGAGGAGGGGCGCAGAUGCCUACUGCAACACUCCUGCGCUGCGCUUUGUCAGAGAUCCGCCGAACUCAACAAACAUCUUGUCACAGAAGUACUAAGGGGUUCCAUGGCUUGCCCACCGUCACCAGAGCAAGAAGAGAAACUUCUGCAAUACGAAGUGAAGUCCGCUACACAACAUGCCUCAAUCGUGACCCUCAUUGCUGAAAACGCGCGCCUCCAGCAGCGCAUCAAAGGUGUUUCUCUGGUGCAGCUCUUGGCCACUUCUGGAAAUGGAAAGUUUGCUUCUAUAGCUGGGAAAUUGCGAUCAACAACAACAAGUGUUGUGGGAAAACAUACAACCCACCAAGAGGGGAACGUCCGUGUGAAUGAAGAAGCAGUCAGAGAAGAGGGGGAAGAGGUCGAAAGUGCUGCAAACAAUAUCGAAGUGGAAGAACCGGAUAUAUUGGGGCACUUUGUCGAUGUCUUCGCUAGGAGCACAGAGGAACUCGUGAAAUCAAUCAACACACGCCUCUGGGAUCUCUCAAACUUGUACAAGGAUGAGAGGCAACUGCAAAGGGACGUUGCAUUUCUCGUCCGCCUCACGGUGGCGGGCGAGCGCCUUCUUCACGGAAAGGUGGGUGUACCCCUGAUGAGUGGGUAUGCGGAAGACAUUACGAUUCUGCUUGAAGAAGCGCGGCUGCGCCUGGUGGACACAAAGCGCUCGGUACGGCAGCUUCCCUCACUCCGUACUCUUUGUGAGUCUUUGCAAUCACAGUCUGCAAGUCACGCAGAGCAGCUACUGAAGGAGCACACAGCGGCCGAAGCGGUUCGUGCCCAGCUGUUGGAAGAUCUUGAAUGGUGUAAACAACAGAGUCCAGAGAUGGCCGGUGGUCAGCUGGUAGUCGCGCGGAAAGAACUUCAAAAGCUGAGGGUUUCAUUAGAAACUAUAACAAAGCAGGGACAUGAUCCCACACCUCUGGAGCUGGAGACACAAAAAGCAGGGGAACAACUUGCUCAACUUCGGCAGCAAUUAGAAAAGUUGCAGGAGGAAGUCGACCUCGCCGAGCACCAAUUGCAGUGUCUCGAAGAUGACGAAGUUGUGGACGCACAGGAGGAUGUCUGUGAAGAAAACGGGGGAAUAGCGGAGGAAGAGGAAGUGGAGGAAGGGCAAGAGGCUGAGAAGGUGGAGGAAGGGGAGGAAGAGGAGGUGGAGGAAGGACAAGGGUUGGCAGAAGAAUAUGAAGUGGGGGAGCAGCGGGAAGAGAACCAUGGGGAGAUGGAAGAAAGAGGUAACGGGGACGGAGGAGAUGGAAGGGAUGGAGAUGAAGUUGUACCCUAA